UCCUCCGUACUGUUGGAGCAAUUUGUCAAGCCCUUUAAAAUCCUGUAACAUUAGGCGCUGAUUCCUUAUCACAUCGAUCCGACAAGCAGCCACUACAGGGAUGAACAUUCUCUUCACCAGUCUGUGGACUGUUCUUUUGCUAGGUCGCAUGGUCAGGUUACAACAGCUGCAAAGAAGGGAUAUUUUGAAUUAUCUGCUGAACAGCUCAGCGUAUGACGCUCGAAUUGCACCUGACUACGAAAAAGAUGUUGCUACAGAAGUUGAUGUCCAGCUUUUUGUUACAAGUAUCGACUCCAUUAAUGCUAUAUCCAUGGAUUACUCAAUGAACGUUUUUUUGCGACAGACAUGGAGAGACUCUCGCCUCAACUUCUCUCAUAUCAGCAACAUCAGUGUCCUAGAACUGGACCAGAGACGUAUCGAUGACGUGUGGGUCCCAGACACCUACUUCCAGAAUGAGAAGAGUGCCAGCGUCCACACCGUCACAGUCCCAAACAAACUUCUCCACAUCUACAACGACGGAUUCGUUAUCUACAGCAUCAGAUUAUCAUUAACUCUGUCUUGUAUAAUGGAUUUACGAUUUUUUCCAAUGGACGACCAGACCUGUUCUAUUUUUAUGGAAAGCUAUGGUUACUCUAUAGAAAAUGUUGCUUUGAAGUGGAAUCCCGAUGACCCGGUUAUCUUUGGGCUUGACGAUAACGACGAACAAACCCUACCGCAGUUCUAUUUCUACAAACCUUUGGAAACCAAGGGCUGCUCUACAGUCAACUCUUUUAAUACGGAGUUUUCCUGUCUCGAAGCCAAACUGUUUUUUCAAAGAAAUUUGGGAUUCUACAUGUCACAAGUGUUUAUUCCAAGCAUGAUGAUUGUCAUCCUUUCCUGGAUCUCGUUUUGGAUUCACGUGGAUGCUGUUCCCGCAAGAGUUUCGCUCGGAGUCAUUUGUGUGCUCACCAUGACAACGCAGAGUUCCGGUAUACGGUCCUCUCUUCCGGUUGUGUCUUAUAUUAAGGCCAUCGAUAUUUGGAUGGCUGUUGGACUUUUGUUUGUGUUUGCCGCUUUACUUGAAUAUGCUUAUAUAAACGUACAAACACGAAAACAUCGAAAACAAACAAAGGACAAUGAGAGAGAUAAGAAGAGCAUGCAGAUCAUGGAACCCCAAACGAAGACAGAUUUCAUGGACCGAGCUCGACGUGUUGAUAGAUUGUCCAGAGUUGUCUUCCCUAUCUGCUAUGCUGUCUUCAAUCUUGUUUUUUGGGUUGUUUAUCUUUCAAAAUAAUUGAUUUUAGUUUUCCCAGUGAAACGGUAUCAAUGUGUUUCUUUUAUUGCUUGAUAUUUCUUACUGGAUUACAUAUACUAUGUUGACUGUUAUUGUCAUUAUUAACAUUUCACACUUAUCGAUAUCAGUUUCAGCAUAUCUUUCAUUGUAAACUUUCAAUAAUGCGCACGUGAUUGUGUUAAGUUGGUCAUUUAGGCUUUCUGUGGAGAUGAAAUGUAUCUUUGGUUUCUUUAUAAAUCUAAUUUUGGCUCACACACCGCCUAAAACGUUUUGCAUUGAAUCAACUGUGUUUGUGAUAUAUAUUUCUUUCCAAGCAUUUGUGUGGUUUUAAUUUGCGCUAUAAUGAAUGUUGAUAAUGUUGAUUGAAGUUGUCUAAGAUUGACCGUUUCAGAGAAAGAAUCAUGUGCAUCAGAAGUUACCGCUAUACUAACAAGAUAGUACAGUGUCCUAUGGAUGCCCUAACUUAAUUGUUAAUUGCAGAAUUUUAAUACUCGAUUAAAGUUCCAUCAAAACAAACAAAUUGUCACUUCGAACAAUGGAACAUCUUGUACACGUAAUUUGUUUCUGCAAUCGAACUAGAUUUCACUUGCAUAUGACGAAACAGUUUGCACAAUUCGUUUCUAGCUACUACUUUGAAAGUGAAAAGCCAUUGACUGAGGUCACUGAUCUGAUAUUGACGCGUAAAAUGCGAGCAUAUAGAAAUGAGGCGAUAAUCGAGUAAUAUUUAUGGUAGAUGUAUUUGGUGCCACAUGGAUAAUUUUUAUAAUUGGUGGGAAGAGGGGAAGAUCAGGUGAGAUCUGCUUUGUGUCGCCUGUUGUUUUUUUAAAUUGAAUGAGUCAUAACAAUAUGAACACACUCGAUUGCCAUAAGACAAUUGCUGUUGUAGCUUCUUUCAAAUAGAAUUAUAUUUACGUCAUAGGGAAAUAUAUAUGUACAAACAAAGCAACUUUUUCUUUGGGAUAUUUCUAGAAACUACAACACCUAUCGAUCAUAAUUGACAAUACAAAUUAACCAAAAUAUAAUCAAAGUUUCGUUUAAACAAAUCAAAUCGAUUUUUUAAUAUCUCAGGGUUACAAAAGACAUCGCUUGAGACGUUGUUGUUUUCUGAUAAAAAUAAAAUCAAUAUUUCUAUAUUUCAUACUCUACAUAAAUGCAACUGUUAAGUGUUUUCUCACUACCUUUUUGUCUUUACAAAUAAACUCUUUAAUUGAAUAUGUUGUAUACUUGACAGAUAUAUGACAGUAACAUCAAACAUCAAUCCCUUUCAUUGAACAUUUAUUUUUCAAACAAUUGACAGAAAAAAAAUUCUAUCUAUAAUAAAUAAAAUACUUAAGGAUGUUUAGUUGUCAACAGAUUAACCAUAAUGUUUACCUUAAAUUUAAGAUAUGAUUUGUUAAGCUCUAAAAUAUUUUAGCUAGAUAAGAAAAAUCGAUAUAUAUAUAUAACCUCAUUUUGGUUAUUUCCUAUAUUUUUUAUAUUUUAAUGUAUAUCAAUACAGCCUCGAUACAGUCUUAAAAUUGACAUGACUAUCGAGCCCGAUUAAGUAAGUUAAUGAAAUCAGGUCAAUUGAAACGUUUAUAGCUUCAUAUAGAACAUACAAAAUGGCAUGACUUUAAACUUUGAAACGUUUGAUAGAUUCAUCUCUUUGAUCGCAUCUGUGAAGAUCGGCCAGGCGUUGAAUAUUUAAUCAACUGACGAACAACGUUCACGCCUUUUAUUAAACUCGUGAGAUGGCGGAUAUUUCAAUGACUAUCACCCUUUUAAUGUGGUUUUUUACGCAGGUCAUUUUGAAUUUAUGUAUGUAGAUUACUCUUACUUUUAUUCAUAUUUUUUUGAUGUAUGAACUAUUUUUGUAUCACCGCUUUGAAACUAUUAUAUGCACAUUUUGUCAGGAAUAUGAUUAAAGAGACAGAACAGCUGAAAACACAUACAUUUCACAUACAUUAUUAAUGUAAUUAUGAGCUUCCGAAAAUUAAAGGGGUCGUACAAACUGGAAUAAUCUUAUAUCGUUUAUUUGUACCAUGUUGAUUUUGAUUGACAGUAAUUGACACGUGCUGAAAACUACAAGACCUUCGCCUGACUGUGGUCAUUAUGGUAUACGAGGUAAAGAAACUCUCUUAACGGAACACAUCAUCACUUUCUGAAUAAAUAAAUUAUUAAUUGUUUACCAAUUUUAAAAUGAACGGACAUAGAUAUGUCAAAUAACCCUUCAAGGGGCCUCACUUACAAAAAUGAAUUUAGGUUGUAGCAACUUCUAUGAUAAACACGCAAAAUACAUGCUUACAAAAUAAUAAUUGUGGUGAUUUUUAAAACGU